GGUUCCUCCGGAAUAGUCGAUAUAUCAGCCGCUAUGGCAGAGAUCACCCUCUUCACUGCCAGCCGUGCCCUCCAGGGAGCCGAAGUACGAAAGAAACUGACGGCUGAGUUUGCCGAUCUAUACCAUGACCUAGACCUAGGUUUUCAGCCGAUUAAUUUCCUCAUGCCAUGGGCGCCUCUUCCGCAGAAUCGGCGGCGAGACAUAGCGCAUGCCAAGAUGACUGAAACCUAUUUGGAACUGAUUAACAACCGUCGUGCCAAUAAGAAGAGCAGGGAGACCAAUACCGACACCGACGGAACCGACAUGAUUCUCAACCUUAUGGGUUCUGUCUACAAAGACGGACAGGUUCUUUCCGAUACGAAUAUUGCUCACCUGAUGAUCACUCUCUUGAUGGCAGGACAGCACUCUUCGUCGUCCUCAAGCGCAUGGAUCAUGCUUCGCCUAGCAUCACGGCCAGACAUCGCCGAGGAACUAUACCAGGAGCAAGUCAACAACAUUCACUACAACGGCGAACCACUCCAAUACUCCGACCUAAGCAAGCUUCCUCUACUGCAAAACGUCGUCAAGGAAACGUUACGCGUCCAUUCCUCCAUCCAUUCGCUCAUGCGGAAAGUCAAGAAUCCGCUGCCGGUUCCUAACACCGAAUACGUAAUCACCCCCGACAAAGUCCUCCUAGCCUCGCCCAUCAUGACGCAUCUGAACGAAGAAUACUUUACGAAUCCGCUGGCUUGGGAUCCGCACCGCUGGGAUGAUAUUGUCGAGACGGAAAACAAGGAGGACAUGGUUGAUUACGGCUACGGCGCCAUGUCAAAGGGAACGAGGAGUCCAUACUUGCCCUUCGGCGCAGGUAGGCAUCGGUGCAUUGGGGAGAAGUUUGCGUUUCUCAACCUGGUGACGAUAGUCUCUACCCUUGUUCGAAAUUUCAAGUUCACGACGGUUGACGGCAAGUCCUGGGUGCCCCCGACAGAUUAUACAUCGAUGUUUUCGCGCCCCGUACAGCCGGCCAGUAUCCGUUGGGAGCGUCGUUUCCCCGAAUCUUCUUAAUAGAACUGUGCUA